GCGAGUGGACGCCAUGAACAACAGGACGGUGUCUUCAAAUAUGAAGAUUAAAAGGUUUUUCUCAUUAUAAUGCGCUCAGUCAUACUUUAACUAUCACCUCAUUUACACAUGAAAGUUCUUCAGAUAUAUUUCUUAAAUCGACGUUGAUUAUUUAUCUGAAAUCCCAAUUCAUCACAUACAAGUUAAAAUGAACGCGAGCUGUUUGUAUUUUCUACAGUCAGUGACUUGGACUAACUGUCGGCUCCUGGUUGAACUUGUGGACAGGGACCACCCAGAGGUUGCUUGACCACCUCCUUAUGUCCGAAGACUCGAGCAGUGAAGAAGAAUGGUGUGUGUCCACAAAAAGGCAGAUGUCUAAUGCACACCCAAAGACAAAGUGCUGGGAAUGUGGCAAACAAAUCAGCAACUUAACAAGCUUGAUCUCACACUAUCAAAGCCACAAUAUCAAAGCCACCUGCCACAUCUGCAAGGUUACUUUUCGCCGCCUGACGUCGCUCUCCACACACCUGGAUAAUGCGCACUCGCCACCCCUCUGCAAAAAGUGCCAUCAGUCUUUCAGUAACGUGUGGGAGCUGAACAAGCAUGCAGAGACACGUUGCACGGACUCAGCGUCAUUUCACGAAGCUUCAUCUUUGAUUCCUGGUGUCAAACGUAAGAAGCGUAACAGUGACAACUUUUUUAAUGAGGUGACUGUGCACCAAAACAAGAACUCAGUACUACGUGACUCAGCGUCAGAGUGGAGGCCUGAUCAAAGAGCUGAGAUGAAGCCCAAGAGACCUGAGACAUCUGACAACAGUGUGGAGUACAUAGUGGGUGAAGACGAUAAUGAUAUUGACAUGGAAAGUGAUCAUGAGAAAGCAGAUGAUUCAACAAGCUCUGACUCCGAUGAUGAGGACAGCAAGCGCAGUAAACGCACAGACCUGUGUCCGGGUGAUUUCGAAUCAGAUGGCGGCUCAAGCUCAACUGAUGAUUCCAGUGACUCUUCUAACAGCCCAAACUCUAAAACAACCCCUGCAUCUUCUCCAAACACUAAAAGUUCAGUAUGUACUGUGUGUGGUAGAGGGCCGUUUAGAUCAAUUAAGCUCCAUUUGCUGCACUGUAGUGGUGUAAGAGUAAAAUAUCAGUGUUUUCUGUGCAAGAAGCUCUUUGUAACUGAGACAGCACUUAAUGAACACCUCAUGCCUUUGUAUUCAUGUCACAUCUGCAGUCAAGUUUUCUCUCAUGAGAACUUGUACUUUGGCCACCAGUGUCCCAAGGGAAACAAAUCAUCUUUGGUCCUCUUUUGUUCCGAGUCGUUGCCAAAGGCAUGUAACAUAUGCAAAUCCUUUUUCUCUUCUGAGAAGGCUUUGUUAGACCACGUUACCAGAGUUCACACAUCAGUGGUCAGCACCAAGGUGCGCAUUAUUACUGAUCCAUCAGUGCUGGCUAAUAAAAAGGUCACAGGAGGUGUGCACAGGACAGAAGCGCAGUCAGCCAUAUGUAGUCCAAACAUAGCAAACCAGGCCAUUAAUGGAAAGCUCCACGCUGGGCAAGCCAAUGCAGGGUCCACUGUUGUGAAAUCUAGCCCUUCCUCUCUCUUGACCUCCUCCCAACCUGGCACUCAUCCUGUCUCGAUGCACACGGUGUCUGCUGCUGCACCUGACAAACCGAGGAACCAUAGUGCUGUAAAUAAGCCAACCAACCAGCCUUCCAGCUGUCUAUCUGCAACUUUAGUUAUCCCUCCUACUGCCACCGACACAACUCCAGACACUGCAGCUGCCUCUGACUCUGUUUCUCCUCCAUCGCCCACAAUUCUGGCAAUGUUCGAGAAUGACAGCCAGGAUGUGGCUUUAAUGAAACGUAUGAACACAGGCUGGCGCUCCAAGGCCCCUUACCCCUGCCGGCAGUGUGGUGCCAUCCUGCGGCAGCCCUCCCUCAUCAUCAGCCACCGCUACCUCCACCGAGGCCGCCGCUCGCACCGGUGCCAGUGCGGCCGAGCUUUUAAGCACCGGCUGCACCUCCUGCGACACUGCGUCCAGCAUGCGGAGGCCAUGAACUACAUCUGCGUCAGCUGCGGGGACACUUUCACAGGAGCUAAACUCUUAGCUCAGCACCUGAAGGGCAAAUCACUGAAAAAAUCCCGUUCUGGCCGAAUGUGGAAAAGUAAAGUUAAGACCAAGUGCAGAAUGCCGUUUACAUGUGACUGUGGACAACUUUUUUUCAGGCCUUCAGCUUACAUAUGGCAUCAACUUAAAAACAGGACAAAAAGUAAACAAUUGAAGAAGCCCGUGAAAUAACCAUGGAGCACUUGUCAAGUGUUUAAACAAAUGGGAGAUUUAACACAUGUCAUCAGGUUGUCACUGUUUUGUUUAAUUCAUGUUACCAAGAGACAAAAUCAAAGCAAAAACACAUUCAUUCUUAAUGGCUUUGGAUUCUAAGCAUGUCCUGGGUGGUUGUUUUCACCAUGUGCAAAUGAUACAUAGUAAACAGGGUUAGAGUAAGUUCCUUGUACGUUCUUUUGAGUACAAAUGAACCCACAGGGAACUGUUUUCAGUAUUGGAUUCAGUUAAAACACAUCAAAACUCCAGUUUAUCCUCCAGAGAAAAAGUAAGUCCAGUUUUGCAAUUGUUUCGUCACAAAGUGCAUUUUUAUCAGUGAAGUUUACACGGAAGUCGGAGUCCUCCUGUUUUCUGCUUUUAGUUUAGCCAAUGCAGACUUUGUGCUCCUUUGAGACACCGAAGAGGUCUUGAUAUUCAGGUUGAAAAUAGCAUAGGACUUUUUUAAUGGUUGUUAUAUAAUCAUCAUUAUUUUAACUUUAAUAGCCCCACAUAAUUUGUUUCCCAAACUCUUGUCCACUAGAUGGAGCAGUCGGGUUGCCGAAUGAUGAGCUAACGAAGCAACUUGAGCUCAGGUUUAAUUGUUCUCAGAGCAGGUGUAAACUGCGGGAUGCUUUUCCUACAUCAGAUGAUUACAACCCAAAAUGUACACGUUAUUCUAGGAGCUGUAGUUGAAAGCCAAGAUAAUCCCACGGACUUAACAAUUUGAAAUAAAGUUUCCUCUCCACAA